CCUUUGCCUUUCUUGCUGCACUAUAUAAACAACAACACCACCAGCAGCCACCCUUGACAAAACAAGCAAAGGUUCUUCUUAAUAUAAUAUCCAUCUGGAUUAGGAGGAAAGAAGUUUCUUGCACAAAAUGAAUCAGAAAAAGCCCUUGAUUUUCUUCUUGACACCGUUGUUGCUCUUGUCAUGCCUUCUUCCUCUGGAUGCAGUGCCUCUAUCUAGAAGCCUUGCAUUAAGCAACCAAGGAGCAGUCACAGUAAAGGUUGCAGACCAGGUGACCACCAGAGAAACACUUGAGGAGAAGGGGGUAUUUGUGAAUGGAAGGAUGGACAUUGAAUUAGAUGACUACCAUCCACCUGCAGCAAACGGCCGCCAUGAUCCUAAGAAUCCUGCAGGGCCCUAAAUCCUAGAGCCUCAAUAGAUUAUCCUUCUGUUGUAAAUUAGGCUGGUAGUGAUCAUCGCUUGAAGACUAUGGCAACGUUUAGUCAUCAUAGUUUCUGUGACUGGAUUUCAUGGUUUUAUGUACAAUUGAGACUGGUUUCCCUAUUAAUAAAUUGACUUCGAUCGGAGUAGACAAGCA